ACAUGGCAGAGGUAAACAAACAACAUCAACCGAGGAAAGAACAUGAAUUUACUGCUUCCGAAGACGACAAGCGAGUUUGGAUCCACGAAAUAUUGGGAUCAGUUCUUCAAGGCACGCGGAAAAGCAGCUUUUGAAUGGUACGGCGAAUAUCCAGAGUUGUGUGGAAUUUUGCACAAAUACAUAAAACCGAAAGAUGACAUCUUGGUUGUUGGUUGCGGUAACAGUAAACUCUCCGCUGAUCUCUAUGACGUCGGGAUAAAGAAAAUUGUGAAUGUAGAUAUCUCAGCUACCGUUAUAAAUCAAAUGUUGAAGGCAAAUCGGAGUCGAAGUGAGAUGCAAUGGCUUCAAGGAGAUGUCACCCAGAUGAAAGAAUUCAAUGAGGAAACAUUUUCCGUCGUUUUAGACAAAGGAACGCUCGAUGCCUUGAUGACCGAUGACUCCGCCGAGGUCUUAAAUCGCGUUUCUGCCUAUUUAUCGGAAAUGUCGCGUGUUUUAAAAAUCGGCGGAAGAUUUAUUUGCGUGUCAUUACUUCAACCACACAUCCUAAAAUUACUUUUGGCAACGUUACCUGCAAAUAAUUUCAUGUUCCGCGUCGUUCGAUGCGUCGAAGCUGAACGAAAAACCGCUGAAACGUCUUCCGAUGGCACAAGUAUGCCCGUUUUUGUUGUUGUAGCGACGAAAUUCAAGGCGUUACCCCAAAAAUUGCUCGAAAUUUGCAUGUGCGGCGAUAAAAUUCAACGAUUAACGAGCGAAGCGGAAGUUUCUGCGGUCAUAAAUGACGUACAACAAUCUUCGAUGGUCACGAAUGGGCUUGUAAAGGACUCCUCAGCUGCUUUAUCGAACGAAAUUAAGCUUGAGCUUCACACGGCAGACGAUAAAGACAAACCGCGAUACACAAUUCAUGUCUUGGAUCAAAAACCCAAACGUGGAAAUGGAAAAUUUGCGGCUUUUAUCGUUCCGCAGGGCAGGGAAGUUGAUUGGUUGUUCUCAACUCCGCCGGGACGUCGAAAAUUACAGGAAUCAUCGGGGCAUGAUCGAUUAGCGAUCGUUUCCAUGCAUCGAGAUUUCACAUAUCCGGACUGGGAACGCGUUCAAGAGGAGCUUAAUCCGUACAUUCGAAAUUUGGCGCCAAAUGGAAGUUCAGCGAAAAUUCCGUAUUUGAGUUUGGACUCGAAUGUGGGUCAUCGCGAGCUAAUUUGCAAGGGAAAAAGCGAUUUUUCGGGUCCUUAUGUCAUCGAAGAUGUCUUGUGUGAUAACAAUCAACUCUUUCGUCGCUUGAUUUUCAUGCAGAACCAAAAUACGAUCCAAUCGGAGGCACUUUUGAAGAUGUCCCAUGCGAAAGAUGGCACUGUGAUGAAGAAAUUUGUCGAUAAAACGUACUUGGCAUGUCAACAUCAUCUCUACAUGACAGCUGGAUUGAACAUUUUCAACACCACAAAGUCAAAAAAUAAAAAAUCCACAAAGACAGAAGCACUUCUCGUCGGUUUGGGAGGCGGCGGACUCGUCUCGUUCAUCCAAGAAAUGUUAAAAAAUGUAAAAAUUACCGCAAUUGAGCUUGAUCCGUCGAUUUUAUCCAUUGCCACGGAGUUUUUCGAGCUGAAUCAAACGAAAAAUUUGGAAGUUGUCAUCCAAGAUGGCCUUGAAUAUCUCAAAGAAGCGUCGAAAAUGGAAAAUCCGAAGAAACUGAAUGCAGUUUUAUUUGAUGUCGAUUCGAAAGACACAUCGAUCGGCAUGAGUUGCCCUCCGAAAGACUUCCUUUCGCCCGAAAUUAUUGACGCUGUGAAGAAAAUCCUGAAGGACGAUGGACUUUUUAUCCUGAAUUUGGUUUGUCGCGACGACGAAUUACGGGAAAAAGUGAUCGCCGACCUGAAAAAGGACUUUAAAGCUGUUUGUUCCUUCAAGCUGGAGGAAGAUUUGAACGAAAUUGUGUAUUGCAGUGCGAGUGAGGCGCCGCUCGAUGCGGAAAAAUGGAAGAAAAUGUUUGAAAAGUCAGCAAAAGAGUUGAAUCAACUUGCGUGCAGCCAAAAAAUUGUCGCGCAAGACGAUGAAUUGAUCGAAAUUACGGAUUUUUUGAGUAAUUUAAAGGUUUAAAAAAUGGAAAAUAUAAAAUUUUGUUAAAAAAACAUGAAAAAAUGUGUGAAAAAAAUUAUUUAUUUUAUUCUUACAAUUUUAUUACACUUUUUUUAAUUAAAUUUAAUUCUCAUCCUGAAAGAAAGUCAC